AUGGGUAGAAGGAAGAUAAACAUCAGUCCAAUACUUGACGAAAGAAACAAGCAGGUGACCUUUACAAAGCGGAAGUUUGGGCUGAUGAAGAAAGCGUACGAGUUGAGCAUACUCUGCGGCUGUGAGAUAGCCAUCAUCAUCUUCACCAACAGCAAUGACAGGUUAUUCCAAUACGCCAGCUCCGACAUGGAUCAGAUAAUCAUGAAAUACGCACAGUUUCGUGAUCCGUAUGAAUCGAAGAACAAUUUGGAUAUUGUCGAG